GGUGCGGAGCCCCGCUGGGGACAUCCUGUAGAAAUAAAAAUAAGGCGUGGGAACCAGAUAAUUAAGUCUUUGGAACCUCCACCCUCCAAGUUCGCCGAGCUCAAGUUUGUUGUUGCGCUUUGGCGUCGCUCCACUAGUUGGCAGUAGAGCGGUUUCCUCCGCUUUAGCUGCAGAAGGAGAGUCCAGUUCACUUCACUCGCUCCUGUUCGCUGGUCUUUGCUGAAACCUGAUGACGUCCCACACGACGCAAGCCAGCACGAUGCCUGUCGCUCCAGACUCUCCGUCUCUGGGUGUUACUGUUAGCGGCAAUGUGCAAAAAUACAGCAUAAAGAAGAAGAAGGUGCUGAAUGCGGAGGAGAUGGAGCUGUUUGAGCUCACUCAGGCUGCAGGGAUCGUCAUAGAUCAAGAGGUCUUCAAGAUCAUCGUGGACCUUUUGAAGAUGAACGUUGCACCACUGGCUGUCUUCCAGACCUUAAAGGCAAUGUGUGCAGGGCAGAAGAUUUCAGACACGUCCCUCGGAGACACAUCGACAGCAUCCCAUUCCGCCACCGCCCCUUCCGAGUCCAGAGAGGAUUCUGUGGUCUCAGACAAGAGCGCUAAAAAAACAGCCCCCCAGGCCCCUCCCACUGGCCCUGCCGCCCGCCCUCAAAGGGGAGGGGCAAAGAUAGUGGUCUACGGCCCUGGCGACCAGAGCGCUCCUCUCUCUCAAGUGCGCAGUAAAUCAGGCGCGGGUCACGGGGAGAAAGCCGGACGAGACGGCUCCAGCCAGAGAGUGCCACGGCAGGCUAGCGCCACCAGGGGGCAGAAGAGCACCAAAAGCUCCGGCAGCAGCAGCUCAUCCUCCCAGGUCACCUCCAACUGAAGCCCUGCAGUUAAACUGCGUCCCCGCAAAGUGACUCCAGAUCUGGACUCGUGGAGGUGGACGAUGAAGCCGUCUGUACUGGUCCAGGGUCAGUCUUCUAGUGGAUCCCCCUCUCUGGAUCAGUCCAUGAUCUUGUUCUAAUGUUCUCUCCAGCCUUGUUUGUUUGUUUAUUUGUGUAUUUGUUUAUCUGUAACUCCUCAAAUAUGUUGGCUGAUCCUCUGCUCGCUCCAUCAGUACAUGUAUUUAUUGAACAAUAAGCCUUAAAGGGGAAUUUCACUGAAUUGUCACUUAGAGGUGGUGAUAGGAACCAGACGUCUGACGAGUUUAAUGCCUCUAAGAGCUUCAGUGAAAGUUACUACAUGCAAUGGUCAUGAAAACAUGACCUGAUUUCUGAGACAUAGUUUUAUGAAGAUUUUGCCCUUAAAUGGGUAAAAUAUAUAUAGAUUUUUCAGAUUUUCCACUUUUUCCAUUGUCAGAGUUACAUAGAGAACUCUGAAGACUUGUGUAGGCUCACUGUUGGUUUUGGAUAGUAAAUAAAAUAGCUAGAUUUGUGUCGUAGACGUUGUGACCCCUGGUUCCUAUCACCACCACUAUAAAGAAAUCAAAAUCAGUACAUUUCUCGACAUCAAACCACCCUGAAUGACUUUUUUUUCAACAAUUAAAAGCCACUGAAUUGUACAGAAUUGUGGAAAUAUUAAGACUAAAGAGUAAGUCUCAAGUCUAGGCAGUUGCAAUAACAAACAGUAAGGACUUGUUUUAAUGCCGUCUUUAUAUAUUUAUAUGUUCCACUCCGUCUUUGCAACAACCAGUCAUAUCUGAUAUGGAUCCGGCCUUUUUUUAAUUUAUUUUAAGUCUGUAUAUAUUUAUAGUCUGUGUAUUAACACAUGAAAAUCCAUAUUCUACCUGCCUACUUAACUUUCCAACCUUUCUUUAUCCCUUAGAAUUAAACAGGCUCUUUUUAGUACCCUGCUCUUAAGACGGAUUGAAACACUCCUUAUAACUUCAGUGGUAGGCUGAAACAUUUCUUGUCUGGGAUUUGCUGUUAGGUAAGAACAGAAUCUGCACACACUCGAGAGCACAAAGUCAACAGUUCUGCGGUUUAAGAACACGUCAUGAAUCUCGCAUAGACUUGUUCUUAGGACUUAGAAGAUAUUUGAGAAAAAACUACUGGUGAAUGAAGCCCAUCAUCAGGGAUAGUUCACAUCCCAGUCCAUAGUCUAUAAAACAGCCAUGAAAUGAAUUCACUUUGUGAUGUCACAAAAAAAAAAUUCUGUAUGAUGAAAUGUUUAGGUUGUAAUGUUAAAAUGCAGCGUCUUGAAGACAGUCCUUAGAACCUAAGCAUGAAUGGGUGGGGGCUAAACCGCUGUAGAUUGAAUUAGUAUGUAAUGUGUUAAAUGUGUUUAAAUGUGUUGGGUUUUGUGACAUCACGAGAACAAUGAAUGCCAAACAAGCUGUUUUUGAAAAUUAGUUUCCAUGUGUGGACUGGGAAGUUGACGGUACAUUUUGAGGCUUUAAUGUCUUCCAUCCAACUCAGUUUGGUUUUCUAUGAUGUUGGCUCUUCAAUAAUGUAAAUGUUUUGAAGACUAAAUUGAAUUAAGGUGGAUAAAGCUAUGUAUUAAAGUCAGCUUCAUAAGCUCCCCCUCCCACGCUGAGGCCUUUUUAUCUGUGAAUCAUGAGCGACACUUGGACAGAGACAUGAAUGGAGUGGCCUUGGACUUGGAAAACUUCUCUGUUUUGCAAAGAAACUGGAGAACCUUUUGGGAGGGAGUUGGCAGGAGGCAGCCUUGGAGUCACCUCCGCUGUAGGAGGUAAAUUUUACAUCCCACCACCAUGAGAAGACCCUUCAGUUGGGGCUGUAGAGUAUUCCUACAAGGGAGGCCUCAAGGAAGAGGAGUGAAAGAAUGCUUAACAUGAAGAUGUGGCAGUUUAUUUUUUUUACCAGCUGUUUAAAGAUAUUUUUUCUGUGUGGUAACUGGAACUUAAUUUAGUUUAUUGCAUUUUAUUUUGUAUUUGAUCAAAUAAAUCACUAUCCUCUA